AUGGCCUCGAAUUAUCAAACUCUAAAGCCUAGCUUUAAUCCUUCAACAGAGUCCGACUCGUCCCCACAAAUCCAAGAAGUCGUCAAAGCACUCAACCUACUCCCCCACAUUGAGGGAGGUUUCUUUGCAGAAACAGACCGAGCCCCAGACGUUGUUCCAUCUCCAUUUGGCUCCGACAAAUCCACUACUUCAGACCUUGCACCUCAAAGACCUGGUUUUAACCCCACUGUACGAAAUUCCUCAACUACCAUUUUCUAUCUGCUUACGCCAAACGGCCCGCAAGGCGGAUUUCAUCGGAAUAAGGGGAGAACCGUCCAUACAUUACACAGAGGGCGAGGAAGAUAUGUUUUGAUACACGCUGACGAGGAGGGUACGGAAAAGCGAAUUGAAACCUUCAUUGUUGGCCAAAAUGUUGCUGCUGGCGAAAAGUUACAGUGGAUUGUAGGUGGAGGGAAAUUUAAGGCAUCCUAUUUGUUGCCAGAUGAGGAGGGUGGAAAGGAUAGCCAAGGGCUUUUGAUCAGUGAGACGGUAGUACCUGGUUUUGAGUACUGUGAUCAUGAUUUUUUGUCUCCUGAAGGGUUGAAACAGCUUGUUGGUGAGGAGAAAGCGAAGGAAUUGAACUGGCUACUGAGUCCUUUGGGAAAGGGGGAGUAA